AAGCCAGUGCUUCGUUGAUUUGAAAUCACGAACUUCUCAAACCCUAACCCCUAAAUUCCCGAAUUAAACUUCCCGCUAUUGUUAACCAACUUUUUCCCAACUAUCUCAAAUCCAGAUAUCAAGUUUCUGUUAUAGAGCUCGGGGUAGCGGGAUUUGUUCUCGCCGUCGAAGAAGAUGAUGCCGGCCAGCGAUCCAUUGCAGCAGCACCAUCACCACCACCAGCAACAGCAACAGCAACAGCAACACCACUACCAUCAACAACCGCAGCAUCAUCAGCCGCCGCCGCUGCCACCUAAUCAGCAGCAUCAACACCACCAGCAGCCAUUUCCGUUCGGAGACUUCCCCAGGGGCCCACAACCUCCUCCUGGUCCUCAUCAAAUGAUGCGUCAACCCCCGCCAUCCUCGGCCGCUCUCAAUGCAAAUGCUCCUCCGUCGACUGACUUUCACCACCAUUCUAUGCCCCCUGGACCUCCUCAUCCUCAUCAGGCUUACGAUGCUCAUGCUGACAGUUAUGCUGCAAAGAGAAUGAGGAAAAUGGGACAAAGAAGAGCUGUUGACUAUACUAGUACUGUGGUACGAUAUAUGCAGAUUCGCAUGUGGCAGCGGGAUUCAAGGGACAGAACUGUGUUGCAACCUACCCCUGCAGCUGCAGUUGAUAUGCUACCAUCAGUUGCCUAUUCUGAUAACCCAUCCACCAGUUUUGCUGCAAAGUUUGUUCAUACAUCCCUAAACAAAAACCGUUGUUCAAUUAAUCGUGUUGUGUGGACACCUACUGGGAGACGUCUUAUUACUGGAUCUCAAAGUGGUGAAUUUACUCUCUGGAAUGGGCAGUCUUUUAACUUUGAAAUGAUUCUUCAGGCUCAUGAUCAAGCAAUCAGGUCAAUGGUAUGGAGUUACAAUGACAAUUAUAUGGUCACGGGUGAUGAUGCGGGUGCUAUAAAGUAUUGGCAGACUAACUUGAGUAAUGUAAAAGCCAUUAAAACAGCACAUAAAGAAUCAGUGCGUGACUUAAGCUUCUGCCGGACAGAUAUGAAAUUCUGUUCUUGCUCUGAUGACACUACUGUGAAGGUCUGGGACUUUGCACGGUUCCAAGAAGAGCGCUCAUUAACAGGCCAUGGUUGGGAUGUGAAGAGUGUUGCCUGGCAUCCUACAAAGUCUUUACUUGUUUCAGGUGGAAAAGACAAUCUUGUUAAGCUUUGGGAUGCCAAGUCAGGGAGGGAGCUAUGUUCAUUUCAUGGCCACAAGAAUACUGUUCUUUGCGUCAAGUGGAAUCAAAAUGGUAACUGGGUGCUUACUGCUUCUAAGGAUCAAAUUAUUAAGCUUUAUGACAUCAGGGCCAUGAAGGAGCUUGAGUCAUUCCGUGGGCAUCAAAAGGAUGUUACAACUUUGGCUUGGCAUCCAUUUCAUGAAGAGUAUUUUGUUAGUGGGAGUUAUGACGGUUCAAUAUUCCAUUGGCUCGUGGGGCAUGAAACUCCUCAGAUUGAAAUUACAAAUGCACAUGAUAGUGGUGUUUGUGAUCUUGCAUGGCACCCAAUAGGGUAUAUUCUUUGCAGUGGUAGCAAUGAUCAUUCAACAAAGUUCUGGUGCAGAAAUAGGCCUGGGGAUUCGGCUCGUGAUAAAUUCAGCUUGAAUCCGCAAGGUACAUACGAUCAAAAUCCUGCUCUAGGUUUUAGGCCUGGCAAUUUUGGAGGACCCGAAGCACCAUCAGCAACUCCUGGAGCACUUGCUUCUGGUUUGAUACGAAAUGAAGGCACAAUUCCGGGUGUUGGAGCUGCUAUGCCACUCUCGCUUCCAAUUUUUGAUUCAUCGUCCUCAUCCCAAGUAGAGCAGAAAAAUAGUUUGCCACCAUCAAUGCCUUCGGGUGCUCCUCCCCUCCCUCCUGGCCCCCAUCCUUCUCUUCUUGCUGCAAACAAUCAACAGCAAGGUGGUUAUCAACAAAAUAUUCAUCAAAUGAGUUCUAUGCCACAUCACCCACUACAACCUCCAUCUCAUAUGCCUAUGUUGCAGCAUCCUCAUUUAUCUCGACCUCCCCCUCAGUUACAGCCUGGAUCCAUGCCCAUGCCUUCUCUUCCAAUGCCUAUGCCUGGUCCGAUGGGAAUGCAAGGUAAUAUGAAUCAGAUGGGUCCUCCAAUGCCUCAAGGUCACUUUAUGGGUGGUAUAAAUGCACCACCUGGUGGAAUGCCAAAUGGAAUGCAGGGAAUGCAAGGCCCUCCGAACGCGGGUGGCAACCAAAUGUUUCAGCCUGGUGGAGGCUUCAACAGACCACAAGGCGGGCAGAUGCCCCACAUGCCCGGGAUGAAUCCCUUUCAGCAGUCUAUGCCCUCAAACUUCGGGAUGCAGUCAGGUAUGCCACCGCCAUUACCUCCGGGACCCCAUCCGCACGGCCAAGGGCAUCAAUAGGAACAGUCUUAAUCAAACAUCUCUAGUAGCAAUAGCUGUGGUAGUUCUAUAGGGUGUUUCCUUUGAGAACGUUACAGUUGCAAACUAUGCACACCGGCCUUUUAGUCCCAAAUCCCUGUAUCAUGUGUUUGUUUACAGUAGCAAACUAUGCACACCGGCCUUUUAGUCCCAAAUUCCUUUGAGAACGUUACAGUCUUAAUCACUAUGCACAUUGGUCCAUUUAGGCACCUACGGUGAUCUGUUGGGCGCAAAAAUGGUU